UCUCGGGGGGAAGCGGCAACGAACGGUGCCCGACGAGACCCGGGACGAAGCUGUAGCCGCGAAAGAAGCCGAAGCCGUCGCCAUGUUCGGGGGGCUGUCCAGGAUGUUUGAGGACGACCCUUUCUUUCGGGAACCUUUUGGUGCACAUAACGAACAUCUACGGCGUUUCUUUUCUGAACCUUUUGGGCGAGAUCCAUUUCUUGCUAUUAAAGAUGGUGGGCACAGUAAUGUACAUCAGAGAGGACAUCUGGAUUCUGAAAUUGCUUUGCGGGACAACCACAAGGCCAUGAGUUUUCCUCUUAUGCCAUUUGGCUGUUUUGGUGGAAUGAACAUGGAUUUCAGGGAUCCUUUCUCAGCAAUGGAUAGAAUGAUGUCAAACAUGAGAAACAGCAUGGUGGAAUUGCAAAGAAAUUUUGAUAAAAUGGCUGUUGAUCCAAAUGCCCACUCAUUCAGUUCUUCCUCAGUGAUGACCUAUUCCAAGAAGGGCGAUGAACCUCCUAAGGUUUUCCAGGCUUCAGCUCAGACGCGUGUAGCUCCAGGAGGAAUUAAAGAAACUAGGAAAGCACUCAAAGACUCUGAAAGUGGACUCGAAAAAAUGUCUAUUGGUCAUCACAUUCAAGAUCGUGCUCAUAUUGUCCAGAAGGCAAAGAACAACAAAACUGGUGAUGAAGAAAUUAAUCAGGAAUUUGUCAAUUUAGAUGAAGCUGAAGCUAAUGCAUUUGAUGAACAAUGGCAGAAGGAAAUUCUGAGAUUCAACACCACUGGAGGAAGAAACAAUAUAAACACCUCAAGACUCAGAAGUAUCCGUCAUGUAAGCAAGGAAGAUGCAGUCAGAAGGGAGAAGACCCACCCAAGAAUAGCCAUAGAGGAACCCAGAAGGUCUACAUCUUCUGUAGAGAAGCUCAGUGUCAAGGGAUCACACGUUCCUCUCAAAAGCAGCAAAAAAUAAAUUGCUGUGUUGUGUUUCAUAUUAAUCUGGCUCUUCUUUUGGGAGGACACAGUAAUUCUGGAUCAAUUAAUAAGACCAAGCUCUCUGUUCUUAGCACUAGUGAUUUUGCUCUUUGACUACCGAAUGUUUGUGACAUCUCCAACUCCCUGGCAAGAUUUAGUUUCAAGUGGUACUGGAAAAACACUGAUAAUGAAAAGCACUUUUAUGGAGUUCUUGUUCUAGUGUGAGAUAGAAUACUAAAACAUGUCAUUUUUAUUAACACCACAAGCUCCUGUAGCUGUGGAACCAAAAGUAUCAUUGCAACUACAUGUGCAUGGUUUCAAAGGAGUACUGUUCAUAACCUGCUGUUCAUAACUCGAGCGACACUGUGGUGCUUCUGGUGAAGAGUCAGUCACAGUCUAGAGCACUGUAAAGAAAUACCUAUAGCUUUAAAGCAGUCUUUGAGUCUUGCAAAAAAAAGUAAAAUUGCAUAAAUAAAACUGAAUUUUGCCACUGUUCUCUCAAUGUUGUGCAUCUCUGAGUUCUUACUGCCCCCUAAAUCAUUCUUCAUUCUGUUGCUUUGAAAAAAUAAUCCUGUAUUUUAGAUCUACCAUAUUCCUUGCAUAGGUUAAAUAGCACGUCACUAGGCCUUUCCCAUAGAGCUCACUUUAACUGGUUUGUGGCUAACUAUUCAGGCAUUUGAGUUAGUGAGCAAUUCAGAAAUGUAAUUCAUUGCCACCUUUGUUCAAGAUAAGCUGUUUCCAGAUAUUCCAAUAAUUAAACAUAAGUUUAAAAACAUACUGUGGACAUAAAACAUUAAGUGUUUUUAUUGGUUUUUAUUUAAAUAUUUCAUCCAUUUUUAAUUAGUUUUGUAUACAGUUUGUGAUUAGGUAAUGAAAGAGUAGUAUAUAGAUAUAAAAAUAAAAUGCUAUAUCUGAUGGCUGUUCAGAAUAAGUUACCAACUUAAAUUGCCUAAAUAGAACUCAUAACAUGUUCAGGUUUCUGGGUACUAAACAAUAUCAGUAAUUUGAAUGGUGGCAUUUAGGUAUUUGGGACUGCACUUUCUGAUACCCUUUUGUGUCCUUCAAAGCAUAUUUUAAUAUUUUAACGUAACCCACUUAGGUCUGUCUGUUAUGGUUUGCACUAAGUAUUGUUUUCCCUGUAUUUUUAAUAAAGUAGUUUUCCUUCCAAAAAUAUAUGUUUAUUGCUAAUAAUUCAUUUUAAUUUGUAAAAAGUUUUAAUUUUCAUGAACUAAUAUAUUCAUUCUUAAUUGGAAAAUAAAUGACCAUCAAAACCCACAUGACCAUCAAAAUUCUAGCUUGCAGUAAAAAUGCACAAAAUGACUUCAGGUGAUUCAAAGCUGCAUAUCACAAGCAUUUAAAACUGUCUUUAGUGCUCUGCUCUUUACCUUCAUUGCUUUAGUUUCUUCAUUUCUCUCUUGAAGAUUUAUUAUUUAAUUUCUCCUUUGUUUUCAUUUAUUUUUUUAAUAGGAAAGUUAUGGACUGCAGGUUCAAAAGGCUGUGGGCACUCUGAUUUGGGGGGUAUUUUGUCUUUUUAAAACCAGAAACUUGCAAAAUAUAUUAACUGGCAAGGUUUACACAUUUGCAUUCAUAGCAAAGAUGCAGAUUUGUUGGAUAUGUGUCUUCACUGUGAAAUAUUCAUGAUGUCCCAUUCUUUUAAUACACAGGGCUUUAUCAAGCAGUUUUUUUAAAAAAAGGUUAUAUUCAAUCUAUAGUUGUACACUGUAUGAAAGGUGCAUUCCAGAGCAUGUUUAGACCUAAACACCCAUGCUUCCCAACAUUGCUGUCUGAGGCAUUUUGGGAGCUAUAGGUCUUUUUAAUGUCUGAAUGUACAUAGAAUUGCACCAUAUGUGAAUCUGUGGGUUCUGCAAGUUUAGUUCAAGCUUGGCAAUUAAAACAUUGCUCUUGUAUAGGAAUAGCCUUGAAAAAGUUUGAACUUCUGACAAUUCAUUGUCUAUGUGUUAAAAUGUCUUACAGGCUGUUAAAUAGAAAAGGAGCUGUAUAGUUGCUUCAAUAAAAUAUCUCCAUCAAUUAUAA